AAACUUCGUCGCAUGACGUCACGCGCGCGUGUCGGAACCGCCGCGAUGACGUCACGCGCGCCACUUCGCUUCACACGUGGGUAGGCGAGCAUGGCGACGCACGGCAAACAUGCGGACGAGGCGAACGCGCCGGAGCCGAAGCCGAAGCCCGCGGCGACGGGGAAGAAGAAACCAGCCAAGCGGUACUGGGAGCCUGAAAAAUUUGAAGAUGUGAAGAUCAACAAGACUCCUCUACAACGGAGCGAGGGAGAGAAGCCCGAGAGACGGAAGGUUGAAAAUAUAGUGAAGCAACAUCGGUUUUCGCAAUCCGCCAAGUCAAAGGACGUGUUCUUUGGUCCUGCUCCCCUGCCAGAGGCGAGAGUGAAGCGGUACCAGCGUGGAGAGAAGUUUCAACUGAAAGGACGGCAGCCCGGGGCGUUGCGAGAGUUGGUGACGCGCGCUACCAAGAAUGCAGAGCUCGCGAGCCAGCAGACGGCACGGUGUGACCUGCUGUUGCCUGAAACGCAAGGGUUCAUAGAGCCGGACGAGGGCGAGGAGACGUCGUACGUCACACAGAGGGACAUCCAGGAGGCGGUGGACAUCACCAGUGCCAGCAAGAGUUUCGAAUUGGACCUGAACCAGUUCGGGCCCUAUCGAGUGGAUUACACAGCCACUGGCCGGCACCUGCUGCUGGGCGGUACACGGGGCCACGUGGCUGCGUUUGACUGGGUCACCAAGUCCCUGAUGUGCGAGAUGAACGUCAUGGAGACGGUCAAGGACAUCAAGUGGCUGCACACGGAGUCGAUGUUCGCCGUGGCUCAGCUGCACUGGGUGUACGUGUACGACUCGCAGGGCAUCGAGCUGCACUGCCUCAAGCGCUUCCACAACGUCACCCGCAUGGAGUUCCUGCCCUACCACUUCCUGCUGGCCACCGCGAGCUCUACGGGGUACUUACAGUACCUGGACGUGAGCAUCGGGAAGGAGAUCUCGACGAUCAACACCAAAGGGGGCAGCCUUCAGGCCAUGUGCACGAACCCAUCCAAUGCCAUCGUGAACCUGGGUCACCACAAUGGCUACGUGACUAUGUGGAGCCCCACGAUGAAGGAGCCGCUCGUCAAGAUGAUGUGCCACCGUGGAGCCGUGCGCUCCAUCGCCGUGGAACGCACCGGCACGUACAUGGCGACGUCGGGGCUGGACCACAAGCUGCGAGUGUGGGACGUGCGCACUUUCAGGCCUCUGCACUCGUACGUCCUCAGCUCGGGCGCCUCCAACCUGGACUUCAGCCACCGCUCACUGCUGGCCGCCACCUGCGGCAACGUUGUACAGGUCUACAAGGACACGCACCUUGGUGUGGGCCGGCCCUACCUGACGCACGUCUCUCCUCACCACGCUCACUCGCUCAAGUUUUGCCCCUACGAAGACGUACUUGGUCUCGGCCAUGGGAAUGGCUUCACGAGCCUCCUGGUGCCCGGAGCGGGUGAGCCCAACUUCGACGCGAUGGAGGCCAAUCCUCUGCGCAGCAAGAAACAGAGGCAAGAGUGGGAGGUGAAGGCUUUGCUGGAGAAGAUUCAGCCGGAGCUCAUCACGCUGGACCCGGCCAUGCUGAGCAAGGUGGACACGGCCUCCUUCGAAACGAAGUACGCGGAAAGAGUGCAGCGGCUGGGUUUCGACCCAAAAGCUCCCAAGAAGUUUGAGCCGAGGUUCCGCACCAAGGGCCGCAGCUCCACCGCCAACCGCGAGCUUCGGAAACGCAUCGUGGCGGGGACACAGAAACGGGAGACGAUCAAGGCUUCUAUGGAAGAAAAGCAGAAAAAACAGAAAGAGAAGAUACAAAGCAACGAGACGGAGGCCAAGGGGGGGGCCCUGCAGAGAUUCAAAAAAUAAACACGCACACACGCGCGCACACGUAUAUAAUACACAGAGGCAUACACACGUGUAUAUAUGCAGACAAUCUCGCAUGCACAUACACCGCAUCACACGCAGAUACACUUGUAUGUAGACAGCCACGCACAUAUCCACGCAUAUACUCGCAUACACUCUCAUACACAGACAAACGUGUAUGUGCAAAACCAAGACAAAUAAAAAAAAUACACCAUUUACCUUUUACAAACUGUUGUGGCAAAUGUUGUUAGCGGGUGCCGACUCAGGCCGUCGUUGCGUGGUGUGGCCAGUCCCGCACCCCCACCGCUUUUUUUUCUACUCGGUGCUAAUGUUUACACACCACAGCAGGUACUCGUGUUUGAUGCCACCUCGGGGAGGCUUAGGACCAAAUCAGACAUUUGCCACUGAUGUUGACCGUGGCUAGGAAUUGUAAACGGGUCGCCAGGGUUCGUAGGGUAAUGUGCUAACCACUGUAGCACAAACACAUGCACAUACGUGGUAUCGUAUCCUGUCUCCUACACUUACACAGUGUGUGUGCAAAUGUCUCAAAGACGCUUGACAAAUUACACGGCAAUAAUCGCGCCUUGUGCCACACAGGGAUGGCUGUCACUGGGAGUGCCCUUUCAAAUGUAUUGAGAUGAGAUGUGAUGCAAAGUGCUCUGAGACGCCCUGAUGUAUAGGUGGCCGCGGUAUCAAAAACAUCACACACUUAACACGCACACCACCCUUGCACUGCGCGUGCACACCAUAUGUGCAUGUUUGGCGUCCCGUGGUCUACGCGUGCGUACACACGUGGAGCGGGUAGUGUAGCAGGUAGCUUACUGCACUAUGAACCCAACGACCCGAAUUAGUCCCGCUCACGGCUGAUACCAUUGGUGAAUAUUUGAACCGGUCCUGAGCCGCCAACCCUAGGUCGACUUUAAAGAUCUCCACUUGGGAGAGAAAGGCGGCCGGCCAUGGUUUUUGGCCACCCACCACCUCGUGUGCCAUGCCGGCCUUCAUCUGUGCUCGUUCACAGCACUUGCCCGGACAGUCUGUUUAGGCUAUACGGGGGGUCUUUGUACACACGUGAAUACACAUGCGUAUACAUGUGCAGUGAAUUUCAAGUAUAACAAUUACACGUGUCUUGUAUUUUUCCCAUGGCUUUAAUUUGUUAUUGUUUUAACUUUUUUCCCGCUCAACAAUAACUGAUAUCUGUGCAGCAAGUCUGAGGCCCCUGUGGCUGCUGGCACGCAUGCUAAGCCAAACACAGACGUUUUCACCCAGCUCUACACUGCAGACAGCUGCCCGGGUCUCAAUACCGAUGUUAAUACGCAACAGGCCUGGAUACUAAGAAUCAGUUUUCGACUUCUAAGGACCAUUUCGUAUAUAUUUUGGAUCGACUUCAUAUUCUAGUCUGCGAACAAUAGUGAUGUGAUCCGAUGCCACGUGAAGCCACUUUUAUCGGGAAAAGUGCGUAAGUGACGUUAGUAACUAGUUUGUGAUGCUGCUGGAUUGGCAGUGGUGCAGCAAGCAAGAUUUACAAAUACUCAACACAUUUGUAAACACUGUGGCCUUAAAAUGAAAAUAUAUAUACACAUUAAUCACAACAUUGGAAAUAUCCCUACAGAUGCCAACCAGUGGUGGUUACUAUUAUGCACAUGGUCUGCAAUGCAUGAACUAUAACUUUUUAUUUUGAUAGCUAAGGCCCACUUAGUUAUAUAGCUUUUUUUCAGAAGCCACCUGGCCACAAAUGAUAGGUCAACGAAAUGGCUUACGUGGAAAUGUAUAACAGUAAAAUACUCUAAACGCAUGUUGAGUCUACAUGUGGAAGGAAAACCCGCAGGACCCGGAGAAAAUUCCACGCGACCACCAAGACAUGCAAACUCCAAAUAUACAGCGGGUCGGGAACAAACCCACGAGCUCCUGCAUACCAGGCGAGGUAGUUCACAUCUAGCCACCGGUGCGCCCACUGGAGGCGAUGGUUGGUGGAUCGAAAAAAAUGUUGCUAAACUUCCGUUGGCGUCGAGGAGAAUGAGGUUAAGCAACAGUGGACCCACCUGUUCCGCCUCUGGGAUAGCGUUUCCCCCCUUUGAACGCGUUGGUUUUCUCCAGGUCCUGGUUCUUCCCACAAAUAAAACACUCGUUAAUUGGCCCACAGCACCUUAAUAUAUAUCGAGGACCCGAGAGCUUUGGCAAUUGUUGGCGCCGUCUCAUCGAGCGACUGACUUCCCACUUCUCUGUGGUUCCUCCUUGCGCAGACUCUGCCACCAAUUUACAAAUCCAAGAAUUCCCGGUAUAACUUUAAAGGCCACGGCAUUUUGUUGGUAGCAACCACCUAAUAAACAUUGCCACACGCACACCACUUGCCAAACACAAAACGUGCAACCAUAGGCAGGCACAAAUGCUGCACACGUUCUGCAAACAUGCAGUGGCGAUUGCACAGUCAUGGAAGCGUGCAAAAAUAAUCUACGUGCACCCUCAAUCGCGCGCGCACUGCACUGGCGUUUCAGCUUGCACUCGAUCAUGUACGGACGUACCCACAACAAAGGAAAGCCCCCACCUCCUUUGGUCUCAUCGGGGAGGACCGAGCGCUGUUUAAGAUAUAUUUCGUCUCGCGCACACAGUCGUCUAGCACGUACACAUUCCAGCACCUACGCCCCGUCGCUAGCGCACACGUGCGCAAUCCAUCACAUCAUCAUACGCGCCGUUACACGCACACACAAAAUCACACGCGCGCACAUUCAAUUCGGCACACACCCUUCCAUCACACAAACACAUGCCGUAUCUCUCCCCGUAUGGCCUUAAGAGAGUGUUGGGUGGGCAAGUGCUGUUAAGGCCGGAAUGGCAAUACGAGGUGGUUGAUGGCAAGCACCACGCCCGGCCGCCUUUGUCUCCCCAGUGUUGAUGUUUAUUGCAGCAGGUAUUAAAAUAAGGUUGAAUCAAUCUCGACGAGGCACAGGAGCUGUUUAGAUAUUCGUCACUGGUGUUGGUCAAGAGCGGGAAUUUAACUUGCGUGGCCAGGCACGGAUAUUACGGUGAAACAAUAUGACAUGCACACUAACACACACACACCAUCACAAUUACGUAUUACAUUACAUUUUGGCAAACGUACUCCAUCGCUCACACAUGCCAACACAGUCGCACACUCCAUCAAGUACGUAAUUGCACACUCCAUCACGCGUAAAUCCCACGCACAAUAGCAGCCACAUUUCGCUCCGACGUGGUGUUGACGUCACUACAGCGCUUGUGCCAGGCUAGGUGCACUUUGAGGCCAUCACCUGAAGUGUCAGAGGCUCGCUGCUGCUGGCAGGAGAUCACGGUACAGACCCAGGUGCUGUGAGUUGACCGAGACGACUGGCAGAGAUGCACCGCCUACGCCCCUAGUGCGUCAACUUGCUGCGAUUUACUGGCCCAGCACUCCGCUCGUUGUUGUGAGCGUCGCUCCUCCGCUGUUGCUGGAGGGCGGCUGCCUCCACCUGUCCAGGAGCGUCCUUCACGAGCCUCCUCCACAGAGGCCGAUCUUGACACCGCUGGUAUUGGUCAUCUCCAAGUCCAAACAUACGUUGCCACAACAAAGGCAAACAUCCACAUUUAGCCAAAUAACAGGUAAGGGACGAGCCAGUAAACACGGAACGUUGGCCCAACGGUCCCAAUCACGUGCCAGCGUUGGCGCUGCGUUGGCGUGUUUACUGCUCCGUGCGUGUGACUACUUCCGUUGCGUGUGCCCAUCCGCAUUUGGGGCCGUCCAUAAAUGAC